UAAGACAUUUUCUACUGCUGCUGCCGCUGCCGCUGCUUGCCGCCCCUGCCGCCGCCGCCGCCGCCGCCGGCGGUUCUGCAGUGUUAGCUGCUGGAGAGAAUCCGAGGAGAAAGGGAGGGAGGUUGCAGGGAGGAGGAUCCGAUUGCAGCCAUGCUGAAUCACUGUCCCUGAUUCGAUCCCCUUCCAACCUGGACCUCCGCUCUCUUUCUCUCUCUCCACUGGCUGCCUGGGAACCGCGGGCGGAGAGGGGACCUGCGAGCUGGGCUGGGAGCGGGGCUCUGUGCCGGAGUCCCGCCGCCGCGGGAGCUGUGCACAAUGGAGGGGGAAAGCAUCAAGCCAAGUUCCCAGUCCCUGGUGGAAGGUGAGGAUGAAGAGAAGGCCCAGAGGACAAUUACAGUCAACCCUGCUCACAUGGGGAAGGCAUUCAAGGUUAUGAAUGAGCUGCGGAGUAAGCAGCUGUUGUGUGACGUGAUGAUCGUGGCUGAAGAUGUUGAGAUUGAAGCCCACCGGGUGGUGCUGGCCGCUUGCAGUCCCUACUUCUGUGCAAUGUUUACAGGUGACAUGAGUGAAAGUAAAGCCAAGAAGAUUGAAAUCAAAGAUGUCGAUGGACAGACACUGAGUAAGCUGAUUGACUACAUCUAUACAGCUGAAAUUGAGGUGACGGAAGAAAAUGUCCAGGUGCUGCUGCCGGCAGCCAGUUUGUUACAACUAAUGGAUGUCCGGCAAAAUUGCUGUGAUUUUCUCCAGUCUCAGUUACAUCCCACCAACUGCCUUGGCAUCAGAGCAUUUGCAGAUGUGCACACCUGCACGGAACUCCUGCAGCAGGCCAAUGCUUAUGCAGAGCAGCAUUUCCCAGAGGUGAUGCUGGGGGAAGAAUUUCUGAGCCUUAGUCUGGACCAGGUGUGUAGCUUAAUAUCCAGUGACAAGCUUACAGUAUCUUCGGAAGAAAAGGUUUUUGAAGCUGUGAUUUCCUGGAUAAAUUAUGAGAAAGGAACCCGCUUGGAACACAUGGCUAAGCUGAUGGAACAUGUCCGUCUCCCCCUUUUACCAAGGGACUAUCUGGUUCAGACAGUUGAAGAAGAAGCUUUGAUAAAGAACAACAACACAUGUAAAGACUUCCUUAUUGAAGCUAUGAAGUACCACUUGCUGCCUUUGGAUCAGAGGCUGUUGAUAAAAAACCCAAGGACUAAGCCAAGGACUCCAGUCAGCCUGCCCAAGGUUAUGAUUGUGGUGGGCGGCCAAGCCCCCAAAGCUAUCCGGAGCGUUGAAUGUUAUGAUUUUGAGGAGGACAGAUGGGAUCAGAUUGCUGAACUUCCUUCAAGGAGAUGCAGAGCAGGAGUCGUGUUCAUGGCCGGAAGCGUUUAUGCUGUAGGGGGCUUUAAUGGCUCCCUUCGUGUUCGGACUGUUGAUGUGUAUGAUGGUGUGAAGGACCAGUGGACGUCUAUUGCCAGCAUGCAGGAGCGCCGGAGCACGCUAGGCGCAGCUGUGCUCAAUGACCUCCUCUAUGCAGUGGGAGGGUUUGAUGGUAGCACAGGUCUUGCCUCAGUGGAAGCCUACAGUUACAAAACAAAUGAGUGGUUCUUCGUGGCACCUAUGAACACAAGGAGAAGCAGUGUGGGAGUGGGUGUUGUGGAAGGAAAGUUAUAUGCUGUUGGAGGUUAUGAUGGGGCUUCCCGCCAGUGCCUCAGUACUGUGGAACAAUACAACCCAGCGACCAAUGAGUGGACAUAUGUGGCAGACAUGAGCACGCGCCGCAGUGGUGCAGGGGUGGGAGUACUCAGUGGGCAGCUGUAUGCCACAGGUGGGCAUGAUGGCCCCUUGGUGAGGAAGAGUGUGGAGGUUUAUGACCCUGGGACAAAUACCUGGAAGCAAGUUGCAGAUAUGAACAUGUGUCGGCGAAAUGCAGGUGUGUGUGCAGUGAAUGGGCUCUUGUACGUGGUGGGAGGUGAUGAUGGUUCCUGCAAUCUGGCGUCCGUGGAAUAUUACAACCCUGUCAGCGACAAGUGGACGCUGCUGCCAACCAACAUGAGCACAGGGAGGAGUUAUGCAGGUGUCGCUGUGAUUCAUAAGCCAUUAUGACAAUAAUCUGCGCUGCCAAGAGGUGGAGGACGGGAGGGAAUGCUGCUUGGCUUUCACAACACUGUGGACAAGAACUGAUUUGUUCCAGCUUGUCAUGACAUCACAUUCCACGGGACAAGAAGUCAUGGCGAGAGCCUCGCCUCUACUCUGGCUUGGCUGUGAAUGGUAACACAGUGUGAGAACCCCCUCUCCCCUCCGUCCCACCUCCCCCAUCAAACCUACCCUCCAUCUCACCUUGUGUGCAGUGCACACUUUGUGCAAUGAGCUGUCCCCUGCCCCUGCCCCACAAGUGGCCUCCAAAGAAGGGCCUACUGUGUUUUUCAUAGUUCCACAAUGACACCGGAGAAACUGUAAUUCUUCUGUGUAAAACACCGUGCUUUAACAAGGUAGGUGGGUAGAAAGUCUACUGGAUUUCUUUACUACUGAUGUUUCAAAUAUGCUAAAACUCAAGGGAUGGAAAAAAACCUGCUCUGGCCUCACUCCAUCGGUUCAGUUGGAAGUGACCCAUGACUCCAGAGGUUGUCUUCGAGAGGCAGAAUCAGGUGAUUGACCGACCGUCUCCUGCGGACAGCCAGGGAAAUGGGAAACUCCGUGAGAAGGAACUGAGGACCAGGCAGGGUUCCGGUGACUGUGUAUAUGUACAUUAAUCACCUCCUGUAAAUUUAUUCUCUAGAAGAACUGUGGCAUUUUUGGAGCUGGAUUGUGCCCUUUCUUUGCUAGUCAGUACGAUUGUGUUCACAAGCCACGCCUCAGCAGAGCACCGAAGGCACCCUAGGAAGGGGUCUUCCCUGCCUCAGAAGCCCCUGAAUCAAUGCUGGAAACCCCUAAAGCAAUGCUGCCUCAAUGUCUUGGUUUUUUUGUUACUUAUUUUAAGUAGGGGAAAAAGAAACACACACACACACACACACACACACACACUGACUAUAUGAAUCAGCCUCUUGCCUUCUUGGGGUUUUCCUGCUGCCCAUGAAAAGAUCCUAGAAAAUGGUGUGACCUCAACUACAGAGCCAAUUUUCAUGACCGUCUAAAAGCAUGAAGGUGUGUUUUGCCUCUGGGUGCCAACCUUGGUGUCAUUAGGAGCCUGCUGUUGCAUCCUGAUGCCCUUUACAACCUCCAAGCUGUGGGAUGUGACUCCAGCUGGGGCCAAAUUCAGAUCUAGACUUACAGUGCCUCUGUACACACAUAGCAUAUCUGUAGGCCAAGACCCCCAGGGGACCUCUGCCUUGGAAGCUUCCCUGAUUGUGAUACCCGGUGGUCUUCAUCAGGGGCUCCCCAGAGUCUCAGCUUGACUGUCACCAAAACCCUCAGGAGGCAGACUCUGUUACAGGGUCCCCUGGCAGCCUUUAGAAGUUACUGUGGGGGUUCUAGGUUUUGUGGAUUGAACAUGUGUCUCUUCCACCAGGAAAAGCAGUUCUUUAGAAUGAUUCUGGAAAGAAUGUGGGAAGAAAAGAAGGUGACAGGCACACCCAGUCUUUGUCCAUCAUAGCUUCAGAGACAAAAGGGGGUACGCGUCUCCUCUGGGUAUCAGAAGAAGGUGGACAGCUUCAGACUACUACAUGCCAGUCAGGGCUAGCUCUUGGUGAAUUGUGCCAUUGGUGAAGUUGGACUUAAUUCUUGCUUUCCCUUUCCACAUUUCUGUGCCUCCUUCCCUCUCCUCACUCAGACUCCCAUUGCUGCCUCAACUCCCUUUAAAAUAAAGGAGUCAGAAGUGUUAGGGGUCUUCAUGUAUGAUCCUUCCUGAGGCAUUGGCACUUUAAGAAAGGGUAAUACUUAACUCCAAAGGAAUAAAUCACUUUUGGUUGAAUUUCAGUCAUCAGUUGGGAAGGUGUUUCAGAAUCCCUCAUAAUCAUACCAAAAGAGGCAGCUGCCUACUUUAUCUGUACAUAAAGCCAGCCUGAUGCUGGCAUUUGGCUUCUUUUCCUGCGGAAUUUUUGGAGUCAAUUGUCACUUCAGGUCAUGAUCAAUAGGCCCAAGAGACCUGGUAUAGUCAUGAUUAUUUAAAAAAAACACACACACACAAACAGAUACUGCUGAAAGUACUGUCUAUAGGUCUUUAAAAACCUUGGGACCACACUGGGUCAGUCAGUCAAUAUUAAGCACUUGACUGUGUAUACCAACACCCUCAGAGAGGACCCCAUAUAUUCUUCCUUGCCCUUUGCCAAUAUCAGACCUCCUGGUGCUGGGCAGAUGUUUCUUGGGAUGGAAAUAGCACCUCCCUAGGGCAUGUAUGUUUUGCCCAUAAUUCCUGCCAACUGCACUGCAAAGCCUCAAAUAUCUGGCCAUACUGUUUGGGAGACAAAUGGCCAUAUGAUAAUAGGGAUCAAAAUGUGUCUCUGAUUGGGUGCUCCAGUGGAUAAGACUGGUGCUCUUGACAUUUCAGCCCAGGCCGUUGGGAUAUGAAUUGAAGGCAGGGGUUGUUUGCAAUAGGUGCUCCCUUCCCUUGCUUAGGCUGUCAUCUUUUUGUCCCAAAUGGGUGAAUGGGGUGUCCAUAUCAUGAGAGAUGGGGGAUGGCAUUGGGACUUCAGUACAUUACAGAUACCAAGUCUUGCUUUCAGACAAAAGAUGAAUUCCAUUUCCAGGUCAUCUACCCAUAAAGAGGCCCGCUUGCUAAAGCAAACCAUUGCUGUUUUCUGCUUUUUGGAUUUUGCUUUUGUUUCUGCUUCCUAGGAUUCCCUUGUACCAGGGAGCACUGCCCCUGUUUAUCUGUGGGGUCAGUGGAAUGAUGUACAUUUCAUCUCCAUGCAUGUUUCUGUGGGGGCUAGAACACUGGUAUGUCAUCACCCAGAGGCUGGUCUGCUUAUACCUGCAGCCAGGUGAGAAUCAGCCCAAUAGGAAACCUGUUGAUUAGGAAUGAUGAUUUUAUUUUAGCAUUGGUGCACCCGCAGAGUAGGCAUCUCAGGCAGUUAACACAGGCCUGUGAAGGCUGAAUGCCUUCCAGGAUGGGGUGGCACUGCUAGGGAGUAUAAUACUGCAAGCCUGUUGGCUACAAAGAAAUUAAAUUGAAACCCAAAGUGCAAAGAAAACUACUAGAUCCUGAGCAAGCAAUGUGGGACCUUGCUCAGAUGCCUAUUGGAAAGUGGAUGUUGGGUUCUGAAUUCCAAAGGUCUUUCUCCUUAGUGACCAGUGCUAUCUCUCCUUUAUCUAAAAAGUUGCAGUGUUAAGCCAAGCAACAUGACCUCCUUUUUUGCUAUGCAAUGUGAACACCUGAGAAGUCCAUGACAGACCAGUUGCAAUAUCCCCCCUCCCCACAUUGCUUUUUGAAGUGUCUUUCUUCAAUAUUUGUUGUGUAAUGUUUGUACAUUUCUGAGCCAGAUCCUUUUCAAAGAAUGCCUUUUUAUAGAAUUGAAGCUAUAGCUUUUGGGGCUAAAAUUUUAAUGUAGAUAUUUUUAUAAGAUAAUUUUAAAGACUUUUUGAAUCACUUUUUAUUGGCUUCAUGGUUGAAAGUUGAUGUUCUUUGUGUGACUCAUGUCUCAACCCUGCUUAUCCCUAUAGCCAUUAUACCUGAGUUUUCAAUGCAGAAAAUCACAUCAGAUUCAAUUGUGGUAGACAGCCCUCGUCCCUAUCCCUGUUCUGUUGUGAUUUUUCUUAUGGAACAUUAAAGGGACACUUCUUAAUUGGAAAAAAUAUAUAUAAUGAGCUUUAUGUAGAUUCUUAUAUUCCUGAUGAAGCAAAGCUUUGGAUACUAACACUAAACUUUAAAAUUUGAUUUUCAUCAUUUAUAUUGCUUGUUUACUUUUAUGCAGCCGGUCUGCAUUCUGUGGGCCAGGAAAUACUAGACUUGUCUAUUUUCCAAUUGGCUCCACCAUCCUGCUCCAUAACUCAACAGUGCUUAUGAGAUCAAGCUUGGGAGAGGGUCCUGCCUUCUAAAGUCAAAUUCCUGUGACCUUUG